CCAUGGCGGGCGGCGCGGCCUUGCUCCUGCUCCUGCUCCUGCUCCUGCCCCUGGCCGCCGCCGAGCCCCCGUUCGCCGAGGACGAUGGCGGCUCGGAGGCGGCGGAGGAGCCCCGGGGCGGGCGGCCGCUGCCGGGUCUGAAUGCCCUUGAGUCCAUGGAGCUAGAAUUUGGAGUAUGCACAGUUACAUGUGGGAUUGGCAUUCGAGAAGUUCUGUUAACGAAUGGAUGCCCUGGGAGUGAAACAAAAUGUAUUGUCGGUGUGGAGGAAUGCCACGGGCCAGUGGACUGUGGAUUGGGAAGACCAAUUUCUGAGAACUCUGCAAGUGUGGUGAUGACUUGUAUUUAUAUACCUCCUGAAAAUCGAUUUAAAUACGUUUGGAAGAUCUUAACUCCAAACCAGCCAGCACACAUUCUUCCCAAUGAUUCAGCUGUUAUGGAAGUGCGCAGAGAUACGCAUCCAAUUACUUACCAGUGUGAAACUCAAGGAAAUGACAGUGUAAUUGCCUCUGUAAAAUACACAGUGAACGCAACAACUGAGCUGCAAACAAAUCAAUCAAAGAGAAUAGACACAGGACAAUCAAGGAAAAAAAGGGCAGACGCCAUUCUGGUGUUUUGCCUGGUAACUGGAAUAAUUUUCACUGUUGGUGUGAUCUUUGCCAUCAUCUUUAUCAUUCUUCACUGGGCAAUUUUUAAAACUGUUUUGGGUUCAAAAAAUGGGCAAGAUGGCGAGGAGGAAAAGCUGACCAACAAAAGUUCCCAGGGUAGCAUGUAAGCACACAUCCGGAAGGACCCACUGGGUCAUCUGCUCUGAUCUUGUGUCUGCAAGAGGCUCUUCCCUGUCUCUCUAUUACUCCCAUGCUGAGCCUGGUAGCUCAACUGAAGUUUGUGUUUACGUGAAAAGCACCGAGCCUUGUUUGGGGAACACGGAAAGACUGGAAGCCCAGCACUCGGCAAUUUGUUCCAGAGGUUUAUUGCCUUCUAUCCUAAAUAAGAACUGCUCUACUUUCAAAACACGAACACAUCUGGUCUCAUCUCACAGCCGCUGGUUUUUGGUUUUGCUAAAUUCAGCAGUCGCUUAGUGCUUCAUAUUUUUUCUUCAUGGGAAAAUUUUUAUUCACUAACACACUCUAAUCAAUCACUUCUCGGUCUUCUUUUAUGAUGAAGCUUCUUAAAAGUCAUCUCAGAAGCCUUUCUCUCUUGAACUUAGACAUUUUUUAUGACUCCCUUUUUGACAGCUUCUGUUUUUUUCAGCAUCGUCUCUUCAUCCAAGAACAAUAUAUGCCCUAUGACACUGAUAGCCAUGUUCAACUGCUUGCUGUAUCCACAUCCUAAACUCUUCGCAGAGUCGCAUAUUCAUAAAACACAGUUCCUCAUUACAUUGAUACACCCUACCGUCUGUGGUCCUGGACCAAUUUCUCAUUUGGCCCUGGUAAAUCACACAGGGAAGAGUUAUUCCUAUAUGUUCCUGACUAUGCCAUAUAUCUGUCCCAUCUAUGUUUAUGUCUACUUCCAUCUUCAUGUCCUCCACCCACUUCAGUAUUGGAGCUCAGCCACUAUUUAGAGAAUUCAAAAUUCAUUGGCCUGGAUGUGAAAAGAUGGUAAUAAGAACACAACCCUGAAUCCUGUUCAGUUUGAAGAGUCUACCUGUGUCUGCAUUUUGCAUUACAUGGUUGUAUGCUAAAAUUACAGAAGAAGCACAGGUCACCUUUUCACCACAUGUAGCCUCUUAGCAGAAAGGCUGAAUAAAGGCAGGUCCCUGAUUCCUCUCCUGUCACACCCCAGGAGUCUCUCAUGUUUCUGCACACUGGUGCAAAUUGAAUAGAUGGAUGGGGCAUAGGAUGUAGGGAGAAACCCUGCAUGUUAGUCCUCAGCCUGGUAGCUGAUGUACUUUCCUGGAAGACACAAGCCUUUUCUUCAGCUGAGAGAACGGUUCUUUGAUCGCUGUGCCAGUGAGCAACACAGCAAGUUAGUUAAUAAGGAGAACAGUCCACAAAACUGCACUCAGAAAUGCUUUUGGGUGCUUUGUCAGGCAGGCAUUGCCUCUUCUCUUUGUAGGAGACCUCUCUUGCUCCAUUGCCUCCUGACUCGUACAAAUUGCCACAUGAGGCAUGCAUUUGGUGAAGCUCUCCUUGCCAUCUACCUGGGGCUAGUCUUGGGUAGACAGGAUUGAUUCUUCAUGUUGUCUUUCAUUCUCGGUAUGAAAUACGUGUUUCAGCAUCUUUAAUAAUG